UAUCAAACGAAGCACCACUCGGCGCUUCUUUUCUAUCUUAUCGGCGAUAGGGUUAGGGUUUUUCAUUGUCCGAGUUUGAUUAGGGUUUUUUCGACCUGAAAUUUCACGGGAAAUAGCGGGAAGCAAAAAAGAAACUUAUGGCUAGGCACCGUAGCAGAAGUCGGCCUAGCCGUAGCCGUAGCCCAGUGAGGCGAAAGCGUUACGACGACCCACGGGAGCGACGCCGUGAUCACCGCUCUCCUGCCCCCUCUGGCCUCCUCGUUCGGAACAUUUCUCUCAGUGCUAGGCCGGAGGACCUAAGGGUUCCUUUUGAAAGAUUUGGUCCAAUAAAGGAUGUUUAUUUGCCCAAGAAUUACUACACAGGAGAACCUCGUGGCUUUGGAUUUGUCAAGUUUCGGUACCCUGAAGAUGCAGCUGAAGCAAAAAGCCACCUGGAUCGCACAGUUAUUGGUGGACGUGAAAUAAGGAUUGUGUUUGCUGAAGAGAACAGGAAAACUCCUCAAGAAAUGCGUAGGAUUACUCGCGUGAGCUCCCGUGGAAGCUACAGGCGACGAAGUCCAUCAUUUUCUCCUAGACGCCAACAUCAGUCUUAUUCACGAUCCCCUUCUCCAGCAAGGCGUGACUCAAGAGACAGGGGCCAUGGAGCCAGGGAUGAUUACUACUCCCCACGAAGAUCUAGAUCUGUGUCUAGAUCAGUUUCUCCUAGGGAUGACAAAAGUUACAGGUCCCGUGAAAGGUCAAGGCGUUCCAAAUCUUCCUCCCGCUCUGGUUCUCCACGGGAUGAGAGAAACCACAAGCCAAGCCGCCGGUCCCCCAGUCCUAGAGCAAAUGGUCAGACAGCUUAUGCACAUAGCAGGUCUCAGAGUCCUAGGAAGAACUCCAAGAGCCCAGCAAGGUCUCUUUCUAGAUCCAACAGUCCUCAAUGAUGGCUCGUUUGGUUUUGCUGCUAUCGACUUGAUAUAGAUUGUGACCAUGAGAAUGGAAACCGACGCUUUAUGAGGGAUGAUACUAUGUGGCUCUUGUUAGUUUGUUUGACUUUUAUGUCUAAUGUAACUAUCUUUUUCUAGAGAUUUGAUGCAACCUAGUGAGAUUUCUGGAUGUUUAUUUUAUCAACAGUAUUAUAGUGUACUACAUUAUUUGCAGCUUAGUUUUAUACUAGUAGCUGAAAUUACUAAAA